GUUGUGUUUUGCUUGUUUUUGUUUAUUAUAUGUCCGAUUUCAAGUCUCAUUCUCAUAAUUUGUUAUAAAUAUAUAGUCUAUGAAUUAUGUAUUGUAAUACUUAAAUAACGCUUGGCUUUUUCGUUAUCUAGAUAUAAAUAAUAAUUAUACCUGUGGAUAUAGUAGGUAUAUUAAGACCAGAUGGGGGUCAAAGGUUUAACAAGUUUUAUCCAUGGAAGGUCCGAAAAAUGUAUGGAGUUUUAUGAAUUACAUGAUACAAAGGUUAUAUUAGAUGGUAAUGCCGUUUUAUGCCAAUUAUAUUACAAUUAUGUUAAUACACGAAAUGGAUGUUUUGGUGGAGAUUAUGAUAAAUACGGUAAUACAAUUUACAAGUUCUUUCACAUGCUUUUCCAAUGUAAAAUAACUCCAUACAUAAUACUAGAUGGAGGUUAUGAAAGUCGAAAAAUUGAUUGCAUAUUGCAAACAUUUAAGAAUAGAAUAGUUAUAGCAGAAAAUUUGAAUCCUAGAACUGAUCCAAGAAAAGAACCCAACCCUAUUUUUCUUCGGGAAGCAUUUGAAGAUAUAGCUCAUAAGUUAGGAAUUAAGAUAGUAAGAUGUGAUUUUGAAGGUGAUAAAGAAACUGCUAACAUCGCUAAGGCCUUAAAAUGCCCUGUAAUAAGUAAUGACUCAGAUUUUUAUAUUUUUGAUGUGCCCUAUAUACCAUUUUCAACAAUUAAAUUGAUUGUUGAGUCUGCUUCAUAUAUAAAUACAGAGACAAAAGAAAACCACAAUUACAGAUAUCUUCCCUGUAAAAUUUAUAGAAUAGACAAAUUUUUAGAAUGUGCAGGUGGAAUGAGCAAAGAAGUUUUGCCAUUAUUUGCUGCUUUAGUGGGGAAUGAUUUUAUGGAUGGAAUUAACAUAUCCAAACUUAAUAUGCAAGUGAAGUAUUAUAACAACUAUAACAAAAUUGAAGCUAUAAUUAAAUGGUUACAGACAGAAUCAAAAAAUAGUGCAAUAGAAAAAGUAUUAAAUACUUAUAGACAACAUGAACGUGAUUUCAUGAAUAAAAAAAUUGAAGAUGCUAUUAUUGGUUACACAUUUAAAAACAGUCAAUAUUUAAAGUAUUUUGAUGAGGGUAUAAAAACUGAUGAAUUGGAAAAUGGUUAUGAAGAAGAUAAAUUCAAUGAUUUUGAAAAAUUAUUAUAUACUGUUCCUACACUUUUCAUAGAGAAAUUUAGGAAGGCUUUGUAUCCUACCAGGUUUAUGGAUAUAUUUACACAGAAUAAGUACUACAAUUUUAGACCACAAGUUGAAGUAGCAGAAUAUGAGGAUGCUAAUGCAAUAAGUUAUGAAAUUAUGUCUGCUAUUCAUAAAAUAUUAACAAGUUCCUCAGAGAAUUUGAUUUGUCUUAUAAGGAAUCAGAGUGCUAUGAAGGAGAUAACAUUACCUAUAUAUCAUAUUGACCUCCCAAAUUUAACAGAAAUUGAAUCAACUGAACUCAUAGAAAGACAAGCAUUGCUAUUUCUCAUUUUAAAUAUUGAUGUAGACUUUUCCAAACAGUGUUUAGACCAUUUUCCAGAUUCUUGGCAUUUACUUAUUCUCACUUUAAAAUACAUGAGAAAUAAAUCUGUUUUAUCUUGGUAUGUUUUAUAUUCAAUUAUUAUUGGCAAAAUAGUAAUUGAUUAUAUAGAUCCUAAGAUUGGUUUUUUUCGAUCUGAGGACGAAUUUAAUAAUGAAUUUUACAGUAAAAUGAAAGGUAUAAUGACAAACAAAAAAUCAUUGCAUUUAAAACAUUCAAACAACUUAAAAGAUGCCUUAGAUAAUAUAACUUUUGAAGAUGCAGUAAUGUGUAUGAACACAAUUAAAGUAUAUUUUGAGUUUAAUAGACAAUUGAAAAGGGAUUUAAAAAUGUAUGAUAGAAAACUAAUGCAUUCAUUGUCACAAUUUCAAAGUUGCUUUCUUCAUAUGAAGAACCUUAAUCAGUUGCUUAAUUUGCCUUAUCAGGAUUUCCUUAUAACAGAAUGUUUUAAUGGUACUUUUGUUUAUAAUUUGAGCUAUAGCAUGCUCAGGAGGGACAAUCUAGAUGAACAUACCAAAGGUUUAUUUCAUAAUGCACCAUCAAUAUUAAAUACUUUUGAAAUAAUUAUUCAUCUUAUCAGAGAAUGUGAGAAAAGCAGUUAAUCAUACACACAUGCAUAUCUAAUAUUGUAAGUUCUUUUUUAAAAAAUCGUUUAUGUAUUUUUAUAAAAAUUAAAGACAUUUCAAAGG